AUGAUGCCUUUUUCAUCUCUUUUCGAUUCUUUCUCUACCAAUUUUCAGUCUUUUUUCUUUCUUCUUCAUUUCACUUUCUUCUUCUUCUUUGUUGUAGUAGUUGUAACCUUUGUUGCUCAUUCUCUCUUUACCUAUCUAUUUUUUUAUUUUUUUGUCCACACUUUUUUUUUAUCUUUAAUAUCAUUAUUUUUUCCUCUUCCCUUUCAGCAUGAUGAAAAGAAAAAUAAUUUUAGUUGCAGAAAUGCACAAAUCAUUAUUAAAUUUUCACUUUCUCUAAAUAAUCAUCUUCCACUCCUUUUUUCCUUUUUCAUUUCAUUUUCUAUAUUCUUUUCAUCUUUUUUCAUUUCUUUCUCUUUUACUUUUUCUCUUUUGUUUCCACUUUCAUUUUCUCUUUUCUUUUCAUUUUUUUUACUUUCAUUUGCUUUUUUCUCUUUUCUCUUCUCUUUUUCUUUAAAAACUUUUUUCUUUCAUUUUUCUUUUGUUUUGUUUUUCCUUUUUUUAUUCUUUCAUUUCUUCUUUUCAUUCUCUUUUUCCCAGUUUUUUUUCUUUCAUUUCUUUUUUGUCUUCUCUUUAUAG